AAACGGCCACCACCUCAGAGCAAUCAAUAAACACUCCGCUACAGCACACAGAGCACACAAUAAGCCAAGAAAACAAAAGGCGAAAUCGUGCUGAGAUGGGUGUGAGCCUCCUGCAGGCGGUGGCGGCGCUGAUGGGCACGUGCACGCGGCGGCUGCAGCGGGCGGCGAGGAAGAUGGCCACCGGCAACGGCAAGGCGUCCAUGGCACCGUGGAGGAAGACGUUCUCGCUGCCGGCGGCCAGGGGACGAGGCGGCCGGGAGCAGGAUGACGGCGGGCUGUGGAGGAAGGAGAUACUCUUGGGUGAGCGGUGCCAGCCGCUCGAGUUCUCCGGGGUCAUCUACUACGACGCCGACGGCCACCGCCUCGAGCAGCCACCCAGGUCGCCCAUGCGCAGCCCAUACCCGACGACCAUCAAGCUCGGCGCCAACGCCGGCCGCUACUAGCGUCCAUGCCGACACACCCCUCCUCCUCCACCUUCAUUUCUUCUCCUUCCUUGGUCAGUCUAAGCCGAGCAGAAAGAUUGCAAGGCUUUGCUCUGUUUUUUGUCCGGUGAGACAGGGUGCGUCUGUUCCUAGUGCUAUAUUUAUCUGUUCUUUUUUUUGUACUCUUUUCUAUUUUCUAAUGGUAUUGUAAUGAUAGGAAGAACUAUACUGCUUUUCUGCAAAACAUGGUCUUGUCUAUGCAAUUUUCCUUGAUUGCA